GUCACAGAAACUGGAUUUGCCCCAAAUAGCUGCAUGAUACCAUCAUGAAGUUCAACAAUUACGUGUUGCUAUCACAAAGGAUGGAUUGGUCUAAUAUACCACCACACAGAUUCAAGACCUCAAAGUCCACAGGACACACUCAAGUAACUGGUUUAAGGUAGAACUAGUGGAUUACGGUCUUACGUACCAUUUUGAAUUAAGAAUACAUGAUGGCCACUCCCAUCCCCAAGCAGUAGAGCAUCUAUUUAAACUGAAUCGACUUCGAAACAGUUCAGUCUCUCAAGUGCUCAGAGUUCAACUGACUUAGCAACGAAUUUCACGAUGUCAUUUUCAUUUAUCGUUCUCGCUGUCUUAGGAGUGACAUUUGACUUCCGAACAACAGAUGCUGCGUAUGUAGACGUGUCCUCUCUUGCCUUUCUUUAUGUUCUAGUGCUGUUAUCCUCUAUCUUGCAGAACUGGAACCGUUGAAUGUCUGGACAGCAAGACACACGCUGUCCUAGAAUACCACACAGGACCUCUUCAGCCUGGUCGCGUGAUCAUGAUCAGAAGUCCAAGAAACCCUCUUGAUGUUUCUACUUACAGACCAAAUACAAAGUGCAUAUGGACUAUCACGGCUGCAGCAAACAACAUGAGAGGUGCUUUCUACAUUCCUCGUCUCCAACUGGAUGCACCCACAGGUAACUGUGGCCCACUGGCAGAAGACAGAAUUGCCAUUAGAAAGAACACGGGUGACCGCGAUUACGUCUAUCUCUGUGGAGAAAAAGGGGAACGAAGUCUAGUGUAUACUAUGCAACAUCAGUCAACACUAGAGUUCACAGCAGACUUCGAAAGCAAGAGUGAUGGCUUCUUGGGGUUGUUCUUUGAAUAUGGUAAACUGCUAAGCAGCCAUGCUUAUCAACUACUACAUACUAAUGUAUCAAUAUAUUCUGCCUUGCAGAUCCUAAUACUGCCAAUAAUAGUGACACAGACCAGGAUCAUGAUGAACCAACACUGCCACCUGAAGAAAUCAACAUACUCAAUCAACUGCUCGUCCACGGUGGCCGCCAUCAGCUUUGUCAAUCGUGUGCAGCCAAACGAUAUCUCGGCAACAGCAUCUUUUCCUGCCUCUGUUCCGGUUAUGACACAACAUGCACUAAACAGCGACCUACAAGACGUCCCUCACUGCGUCCUACAUGGUUACCUACACGAAUGCUCACACAGAAAGUGACGCAACAAAGUCCAGCAGACAAUUGAAAGUAGAUACUGAGAUAUAUAUUUGACUAUUGCUUCAAGUUGUUGUGUAUGUACAGUUGACAAUAUAUUAAUAUCAGGUAUCAAUCACACGUGUAAAAGCUGGUUUACAGUAACUUACGCAAGCCGAACAUCAGCCCCGCUUUUACCAUCAACGUAGUCAGACGCCGAAACUUAUUGAUUUACAG